AAGAGAAACAACGCUGGAAGAGAACCAGAGAAUCGCCAAGCGACAUAGCCAAUUAGCCGACCCAGUUAACGACGGACUCACAGCCCUCGACGGCGGCUCGCGGGAGUGACGGACUUACGGCCCUCAGAGGCGGCUCACGGGCUCAUUGGCUCAGCCCCUCUGGGUCUCACAGUCUCAGGCUCUCAGCCCCUCUGCGCCUCUGCGGAUUGCGGCUCCCCUCCCCUCUGCGCCUCGAAACCUCAUUAUUAAGUGGAGAUGAAGGAAAGUGAAGUCAACAGAUGCCAGAUCCAAGAGUGGUACCCCAAGUUCAAAUUUGUCUCCAUAAAAACAGAGAUCCAUCACCUUCCUGAAUGCUUCAUAGACUACCUUUUAGAUGACAAGGGACCCUUUCUUCUCCCGCUCUCCAUAGAAGACAACAAUGCCCUUCCCAAUAGAGUCUGUAAUGAAGAAGAUGCAGAUGACUAUGAAGAGACUGAAGAUGAAUCUGAAAAGCCUGCAUCACCCCCUUCAUUCCCAGAACUUGAGAUGAAGGUUAAAGAAUCAAUCCAUUCUCUUGGGGGUUCUGUCUUCCCUAAGCUUAAUUGGAGCUCCCCUAAAGAUUCUGCUUGGAUUAGUUUAACUGGGAACCUCAAAUGUUCAUCUUUCAGUGAGAUUUCACUUUUGUUCAAAUCCUCAGACUCAUUAGUACACGAUCUUUGUCAUGCAUAUGAUUCCUGCAUUGAUAAGACUGUCUCCAGGCCUCACACCUUCGUACUUGCUCUUCGCAAAUGGUACCCUUCUUUGCGUCCUGAUAUGGAGUUCCGUUGCUUUGUGAAAAAUCAUGUUUUGGUAGGGGUCUCCCAACGAGAGGUCACUAUGUUUUAUCCUUCUCUCGUUGAAGAGAAGAGCAUGCUACAACGGACGAUCAGAAGUUUUUUCGUUUCUAAUGUCAGGCAAAAAUUUGAAUCAGAAUGUUACACAUUUGAUGUUUAUGUUACACGGGAUCAACGUGUCAAGCUAUUAGAUUUCAACCCAUGGGGUGCUUUCACAUUGCCCCUACUCUUUACUUGGGGAGAAUUGGAAGAUGAAGUAAAGGAAGGUGGGAAUGAGUUUGAGUUUAGAAUUGUGGAGAGUCGGUGUGGGGUGAGACCUGGUUUGAAGACUGCUGUUCCCCUGGAUUACAUGGAUACAAGUCCUGGAAGUGGUUGGGAUGAGUUCAUGAGGAAGGCUAAUGCCGAAUUGCAGCAACAGAUCAGCUCAAGUGAAGCUGGUGCUUGAUUUUUUGACAAGGUCAGUACAGUCAUGUGUGUCGACUUUUGUUAUCAUUCUGGUCCCCGUUCUUUCUGCUUGUAGUCCAUGGCUAUGGAUGUUUUUGUUUGCCAAUUUCAGUCCUCUGUGAUCACAUAGGAUUUGUUCAUUUGGGUUUAAAUUUUAAGAUCUCGUUUGGUCUUGUAUUAUAUGUAUAUGUAAUCAUGUACUAUAGUAUUAUUUAAUUAUGUUCAAGUCUGGUGCAGCAAGCAAAGUCAUUCCCAAUGAACAGGCUUUUUGUCAACAAAAAUCAGCCUCAAAAUGUAGGCAUUUGU